CGAGAAUCUGAGGAUGUCGAAAUCGUUGCCUUACUCAAUGAAAGAUGUGCACUAUGAUAACGCCAAGUUCCGACAACGAUCCAUAACUCAGAGCGUUCGACUACAGAAGCCAUACAUCUCGUAAGGAGAUCGACGGAGCAGUAUAGGGAGUGGAAGAAAGACUUACAUAUGGUGUUCAUUACCUAGAAAAAAGCUUACGACAAAGUUCCUAGUAGAGUUCUAUGGAGUCGUUAGAAGGCUAGAGGUGUACCCGUAGCUUACAUUAAGGCGAUUAAGGGCGUAUACAAUGGAUCCAAGACCCAAGUGAGGACAGUGGGCUGAGACUCGGAGCAUUACAAUAAUUGUGCACAAUGUAAUUUCUCAGGUUCUAUUAACCAGUAAUGGGAAACGUGGUUAUUUAAAAUGUAGCACUGGGAAAUUUCUUGUGUUACUGAUGCUUGGUGGUUUAGCAUAUCUAGUACUGGCUAAAAGUGCUGUCAAUCCUGUGCCUGAUGUUAUAGCAAAAAAUGAUGGGUCAAAGGAAGGAGAAAAUCUCAUGACUCAUGGAAGUGGCAAAUUCAGGAGAUUUUGGAGAAAACCACCUAGACUUCCACCUCGGUUAUCUCCUGAUGAAAUAGUUAGUAGGAAUAGAUCUAUUCAGGAGUCCAUGAAAAGAGAGGAGCCAGAAUGGGUGGCAAGACAACAGAAGGUGAAAGAUGCAUUUAUCCAUGCCUGGUCUGGCUACAAAGCCCAUGCCAUGGGUUAUGAUGAACUUAUGCCCUUGAGCCAUAGAGGGGUUGAUGGUUUAGGAGGUUUGGGAGCUACAGUUAUCGACGCUUUAGACACGGCUAUGAUUAUGGGGGCUGAUGAUGUUGUUUAUGAAGCAGGCUCGUGGAUUGAGAAACAUCUUCCUGAGAGGAUUGAAGGGAAAGGCCAAGUAAAUCUCUUUGAAACUACAAUACGAGUUCUAGGUGGUCUUUUGAGUGCUUAUCACCUAAGUGGUGGAGAUCAAGGGAGAAUUCCAGAACAGAAAUGGCCUAAUCCAUCCAUUUACCUGGAAAAUGCUAGGAACUUGGCUGAUCGUCUACUUACUGCUUUUACAGCAAGUCCAUCUGAUAUUCCAUACAGUGAUGUUGUCCUGCGUGAAAAGUCUGCACAUCCUGCCCCUGAUGGCCUGAGUAGCACUGCGGAAGUUGCAACUGUACAACUUGAAUUUAAUUAUCUUAGUUAUUUAACUGGUGAUCCAAAGUAUAGCAUGGAAGCCAUGAAGGUUCUACAACAUAUAAAGACUUUGCCAAAGGUGGAGGGACUGGUCCCUAUAUACAUUAGCCCUCAAUCCGGACAGUUUAGUGGAGACAAUAUUAGACUUGGAUCUCGUGGUGAUAGCUACUAUGAGUAUCUUAUUAAAGUGUGGCUUCAGCAGAAAGGAACUAACUUUUCGUACUUGUACGAUAUGUUUGUUGAAGCAAUUAAAGGGGUCAGGCAUCUUCUUGUUCGCAAAUCUGUUCCAAAUGGCUUGCUCUUUGUGGGAGAAUUGCCAUAUGGGAAAGAAGGUGGUUUCAGUCCAAAGAUGGACCACCUGGUGUGUUUCCUUCCUGGUACCCUGGCCCUUGGAGCUACAAAGGGGUUAACAAAGGAAAGAGCUAUGAGAGAUAACUUGCUCACUUUUGAAGAUAUGGAAAACCUAAAGCUUGCUGAAGAUCUGGCUAAGACAUGCGUGGAAAUAUACUCAGUAACCUCUACUGGCCUUGCUCCAGAAAUAGCUUAUUUCAAUAUUGAGGGAAAUUCUGAAGGUGGUCCUGAUGGUGGGAACAAAAGUUCGAAAUAUUUGAAUGACAUAAUCAUAAAGCCAGCUGAUCGUCACAAUCUUUUGCGUCCUGAAACCGUUGAAUCAUUGUUUUAUCUGUAUCGUAUUACUGGCGAUUCAAAGUAUCGUGAAUGGGGCUGGCAAAUUUUUGAGGCAUUUGAGAAGUACACUAAGAUUGAUUCUGGAGGUUACACUUCUCUUGACGAUGUUACUGUUAUUCCUCCACAAAGAAGAGACAAGAUGGAGACUUUUUUCUUGGGUGAAACACUCAAAUACAUCUAUUUGCUGUUUGGUAAUAGCACCACGAUACCUUUGGAGGAGUAUGUAUUCAACACAGAAGCUCAUCCUAUUCCAAUAAUUUCUAAAAGUGUAUGAUUCUUUGCUUUCUAGAAGAACUUUUUCAAUAUUGGCGGGGAUGCAAAUGACCCAAGAGAACAUGUUUCAGCAAUCUCAGAUGGAAUUUUAAUUCGUUUAAGUCGGUUCAUUAGGUUGCAAGUGACCUCAUGGAGGUUUAUUCACAAAUGUUAAUUUAGAUGGAGCUCCCUGAAAUUUUCAUAUGAAGCUUGUUGAUGAUGCUCCUGAAACUUCUACUCCGGGUGAGAUUUGCAUAUGUAGUGCGCACACAGAUAAUUACAAUUUUAUAAGGGUGUUAAAGCACCAUCUUAUUCAUGGAAAGAACAGGAUAGUGCAUAAUGCUUCUGUAGUAAGUUGAACUUAAUUCUUGUAAUUGAUGUAUUACAUCUGAAACUUUGAUUUCUCCCUUUGGAGAUGCAAAGAUUGAAUCAUUUAAACCUAACAUUUACACAAUGAGAUCAAUAUACAAUUGCUAUGAA